GCCGGUGGGGAUAGGCGGGGGAGGAGGAGGAGCGAACCGGGCUUGGGGGGCGGCUGCACAGUCUCCGGGAUCCCCAGGCCUGGAGGGGGGUCUGCGCGCGGCCGGCUGGCUUUGCCUCCCUGUCCGGUCCCGAGCGGGCCUCCCUCGGGCCAGCCCGAUGUGACCGGGCCCAGCAGAGCCUGAGCAAGGAGCGGGUCCGUCGCGGAGCCGGAGGGCGGGAGGAACAUGACAUCGCGGAGAUGGUUUCACCCAAACAUCACUGGCGUGGAGGCCGAAAACCUGCUGUUGACAAGAGGCGUGGAUGGCAGUUUUUUGGCGAGGCCCAGUAAAAGCAACCCUGGAGACUUCACCCUUUCCGUUAGAAGAAAUGGCGCCGUCACCCACAUCAAGAUUCAGAACACUGGUGAUUACUAUGACCUGUACGGAGGAGAGAAGUUUGCCACUUUGGCUGAGUUGGUCCAGUAUUAUAUGGAACAUCACGGGCAAUUAAAAGAGAAGAAUGGAGAUGUUAUUGAGCUUAAAUAUCCUCUGAACUGUGCAGAUCCUACCUCUGAAAGGUGGUUUCAUGGACACCUCUCUGGGAAAGAAGCAGAGAAAUUACUAACGGAGAAAGGAAAACACGGUAGUUUUCUGGUACGAGAGAGCCAGAGUCACCCCGGAGAUUUUGUUCUUUCUGUCCGAACUGGUGACGACAAAGGAGAGAGCAAUGAUGGCAAGUCGAAAGUGACCCACGUCAUGAUCCGCUGUCAGGAACUGAAGUAUGAUGUUGGUGGAGGAGAACGGUUUGACUCUUUGACAGAUCUUGUGGAGCAUUACAAGAAGAAUCCCAUGGUGGAAACACUGGGCACAGUACUACAACUCAAGCAGCCCCUCAACACAACACGUAUCAAUGCUGCUGAAAUAGAAAGCCGGGUUCGAGAGCUAAGCAAAUUAGCUGAGACCACAGAUAAAGUCAAACAAGGCUUCUGGGAAGAAUUUGAGACACUACAACAGCAGGAGUGCAAACUUCUCUACAGCCGAAAAGAGGGUCAGAGGCAAGAAAAUAAGAACAAAAAUAGAUAUAAAAACAUCCUGCCCUUUGAUCAUACCAGGGUUGUCCUACACGAUGGCGAUCCCAAUGAGCCUGUUUCAGAUUACAUCAAUGCAAAUAUUAUCAUGCCUGAGUUUGAAACCAAAUGCAACAAUUCAAAGCCCAAAAAGAGUUACAUUGCCACGCAAGGCUGCUUGCAAAACACGGUGAAUGACUUCUGGCGGAUGGUAUUUCAAGAGAACUCCCGAGUGAUUGUUAUGACAACGAAAGAAGUGGAGAGAGGAAAGAGUAAAUGUGUCAAAUACUGGCCCGACGAGUAUGCUCUGAAAGAAUAUGGGGUCAUGCGUGUUAGGAACGUCAAAGAAAGUGCUGCUCAUGACUAUACAUUAAGAGAACUUAAACUUUCAAAGGUUGGACAAGCUCUACUCCAGGGGAAUACAGAGAGAACCGUGUGGCAAUACCACUUUCGGACCUGGCCGGACCACGGAGUGCCCAGUGACCCUGGGGGCGUGCUGGACUUCUUGGAGGAGGUCCACCAUAAGCAAGAAAGCAUUAUGGACGCAGGGCCUGUGGUCGUUCACUGCAGUGCUGGAAUCGGCCGGACAGGAACGUUCAUUGUGAUUGAUAUCCUUAUUGACAUCAUCAGAGAGAAAGGCGUCGACUGUGACAUUGAUGUUCCCAAAACCAUUCAGAUGGUGCGAUCUCAGAGGUCAGGGAUGGUCCAGACAGAAGCACAGUAUAGGUUCAUCUAUAUGGCUGUCCAGCAUUACAUCGAAACACUACAGCGCAGGAUUGAAGAAGAACAGAAAAGCAAGAGGAAAGGGCAUGAAUAUACAAAUAUUAAGUAUUCUCUAACGGACCAGACAAGUGGAGAUCAGAGUCCCCUGCCGCCUUGUACCCCAACACCAUCUUGUGCAGAAAUGAGAGAAGAUAAUGCUAGAGUCUAUGAAAAUGUGGGUCUGAUGCAGCAGCAGAAAAGUUUCAGAUGAGAACACCCAGCAGGACUUCAGCACAGACACAGAUGUGGACCUUUACCCUCUCCCUGAAAAGAUCAAGAACAGAUGCAAGAAAGUACAUGCGAAGAAUGAAUUUGAAUUUGGAAGGCUUGUGUUGUGGUUGACUACCUUUGGAUAAGCAAAAUUCAGAACCAUUUAAAGACCACUAUAUUCUAACUCGACAAUACCUGAUUACCAAUUACUCAUUUCCUCAGAUAAGAAGAAAUCAUCUCUACAAUGUAGACAGUGUUAUAUUUUAUAGAAUUUUAUUUUAAAUUGAGGAAGCCGUUAAUUGUGCUCUAUAUUUUAAUGAUGAUGGAGAUUCAAAUUCUACUUAUUGGCAUUUUCUUUUCUUUUUAUGACCUUAAAAAUUCAAUUAUUUUUCUCCUUGUGAGGGAUGACAGGGCUUUUAUAAGAGGAAAAACGUUUUGGAAAAGGUGACAACAUCCCGUGGGAGUGAGAACAGUUUCAUUUAUCAUUGCUUAUCCAGUAGUGGAUAAUUCAUUUGAUGGCCUCUUUUUUUGGCUAAAUGAUAAUUAAGCCAGUGGCCUCAGCCUGUCAGAGGUCGACUAUCUACCUUUGCAUUGCCAUUAAAAAAUCAUGGGAAAAAAGAAUCUUGGAAAAUUGGGAGAAAAGAUGUGUUUGUUUUCUUCUUAGCAGAUGACCAGGCUGAGAAGGAUGUGGUGGGGAAAUGGUUGUCACGUUUUCUUUUCAUUUGAGUCAUUGUCUUGUAUUUGGGGAGGGAGAAAAAGCGCAUGUGUGGAUAACCAGCCGGCGUCGUGGUUAUCGAUUGUUGGUGACAAACCACCCCAGAACGCAGUGGCUGAAACAGUACUUCUCGUGUUCGCCUCCUCCCUGUUCUUCAGUCUGGGCUGGGCUCCUCUGAGCUGUUCCUGUCCUCUCGCCGGUGUUACCCGUGUGGUCAGGGUGGGUGGGCUUCUCUCUGCAGGUCCCCGGCCUUUCCUUCUGCGUGCGAUGGCUCCAAGUGGCCCCGCCAGCAGGGUAACCGGCCGCCUACAUGGCCGCUCAGAACUCCCAAGGGUAUCAAGCAGUAAUGGCCGGGCCUGCUUAAGACUUAAACCCAGAACUUCCACUGCCCUCUCGUGAUUAAAGCAUCCCAGGGCCAGCCCAGAUUCGGGAAGGGGGAUGGCAUCAAGGCAUGGAGCGGAGAGGUGUGAUCCACGGGGGCCCCCAGAGUAAUGGGCUGUCAGAAGCAGUGCCACAUGAGAACAGCAAUGGUUAGAAGGAGAAGCUGCUCGUGACCUUGGGAAGUGGAAGCUGCUUGCGAUGGCUGGUGUAAGCUGGAAGUCAAACUAACAAAUAGAGGGCCUUCUAGAAGCUUCCACUUCUGCUGGCUCUGAGCAUAUUUUCUGAACCAGCGCUUUGGGAAACUGGUCUCUAAGGAGGGCUGUGUUGAGGGGGCAGAGCAUCUGAACGCAGAACCACCCCACCCCGAGGCUCCGGCGGAGGGUGGCGCAGGAGGCGCUUCCUCCCCGCGUGCGUGGGUUCAGUCGGACGCCACCGCCCCCUGACUGAAUUAGCAGUGGCUCAUUUUUGUUCUAGUCAAGCAGUAGGAUUUGCUACCGUUCUACCUGAAGUGCCUUCUCCAAAGACAUCCUCUUUGCCCUGUGUGUGGAAUCAUCCUUCGGUGAGUGUGUUUCAGUGAAAGAAUCACUGGUUGACUUUGUAAAGACGAUAAAGUGCCAUGGCGGCUUGGCCAUUAGGUUAUGGUCUCCUUGCGCAGUCUUCUUGCUUUGGCUCCCGACCGGUCCAGCCCCGCAAGUGCUUCGUUUCUGAGGUCUUUACCUCCUGUGAAGUCUUGAGGUAGUUUGGAAACUGCCUCCACCGCCAUUUUCACAGACAAAAUGCACAUUGACGCUCCCCCCAACACCCACCCCCCAACCCAGUGAACCUAGAAUGGCUUUAGAACACUGGUAUAGCCCAGAGGUAAUCACCUUCUAAGGGGAAUGUCAGUGACUACUGUCUUCUUGUCACGCGUGUAAAGCGAGAGAUUCCAGUUCAGUAUUUGCAACAAGGGUCUUGAGUCCUGCUCCUUUUAUUGCAUUGUCGCAUUGAAUUCUCCUUCUUUGCCUUGAUUUUGUGCUAUAGUUGAGACUCUGGACUUUGAGGGCAAAGUCUUUCACCAGCAUACAAGGGUUUGAUUGUACAAAUUUACCUGCUGCAUUAAUGUCUCCGCCUGUAGCUUAAGAUGGAGUUACUCCGUGCUCAGAACAGAAUCGCCUGAUCUAGGCUAGCUUUGCUUGUUACAGGACAUUGAUUUCGUUUAGAUUUCCCUCCACGAAGUCAGCCAGCUAUCACGUUAUGUAAACCUCUGCCAAGACAAGAUUGUCAUAGCCCCUAGGUUGCUCAGGUUUGUCAUGUGUCCGGUGAAAAGGGGAUUGCAGGGUCUCAGAUCUGAGAUUCCUCUGCACGAGAUGGAAUCGGGGAGAGGGGUGAUGAAAAUGUGGGGAGCUGGAGGUGCAGGUGUUAAAAAAGUUGUGGAAAUGGAAGUUCCAAAGAGGUGGUUUGUGAGGAGGUCAGAGGCGCGGGGCCCGCAGGUGGUGAGAACUUGAAUAGGUUGAUCAGGUUACCUGGCAAGUAGGUGUGAUAGAUACAGGGAAGAAGUCUGCUCCUGGGUUGCUGGAACACAUUAAAUUUGCACAAUAUCCUGUAGCUGGUUGAGUAUUUUAAAAUGAUAAGCAUGGGGUUUUAUAUUUGGGGUGAAGAAAUUAUCUGACACAUGGUAUUAGGGUUUCUUUUAAAAAAAAAGCCAAAUUUCAGAGUCCUAAGAGUUUUUUUUUUGUUUUGUUUUGUUUUUUAAAUAAUAUAAAGACACCUCACCUCCAGUGGAUGACCCUCCUGAAAAUCAUGGUCCUCUCUCCCAUUGAAUCAGUGACUUUUCAGAGGUGGCAAAAUGGGCGUGAGAAAAUUGCUGUCCGACUUUCUUGGUGUUUGUGCAUUCUUUAUGGAGCCCAGUUGCUUUGGAACAGCCAAGAAGAUUAUCAAGAUUCUUUUUAGGGGUACCUUUACUGGGGAUCUGAAGAACUCAUACAACAUCCUGGGUUAUUUCUAGUUUGGGGGAAUGUGGAAAGGUAUGCAAUUGUGAAGUGUUUUGUUGUAGCUUAUUAAUCCAUGAGGGGAAUUUAGACUGUAGACAUAAGGACACACCCAGUGCAGUUUCUGUUUUCUGUAUGUUGUUGGGGGAAUAAAGUUUUGUAUAGCAAGCACAUGGCCUCCCUGAUUUCAGAAUGCCUUUAUUAGAAUCUGUAUUAGCCCUUAAUGUUGUUGAAACCUUUCUCCCUUUUCCUCCUGAAAAUACAGUUUAUUGUUUCUUCUAUCAUUGAAAAGUUUGUUCUUUUUUCACUAUGGGCAGUUCACACAAGGCAAAAAUAUUAAACAGUUGGUUUUAGUGUGUUGUAUAACUUUACUGUAUAUCAAACUAAUUUUUACAAGUUUUCAUCCUAAACCUCAAAUCAUGUAAUUAAUAAUUUGCCUGUUUAUUUAUGACAUAAUUGUGAUUCUUUUAUUAAUAAAAGCUAAUGGAAAAGGAUCCUUUAUUAAGCUGAUGACUAGACCUACAUUUAAUUUUCCUGCAGUAUAUGAAGUAUUGUACCAGAGUAUUAAAAGAUAUGUAAUAUUUUAUUGAUAAAUCUAUCCUUUAAAAGGAAUAUGUUUUAGGAUGUCAUCAUUUUGAUGUGAAUCAUGUAAAUGUUGAUAAUAUGCACUGUUUAUUAUACAUUUAGUGUUUCGAGAGAUUCACUUAAUUGCCUUUUUGCCCAUGUAUUAUGUAGUCUGUUUGCAAUUGUUUUUUUAAAAAAAUGACAUGAAAAGAAUAGUUUAUGUAGAGAAACAUUAGUGGAUGUUAAUUGUCUCCCCACCUGUAUUUAUGGGUGUUAGUUCAGUUGCAUUGCUAGUUGCAAAGCCGUAUUAUCAGAGUAAACGUGUAUUUGUAAACUGUAUGGGAACUAAAAAUUAGGAAUAAAACCAUUUUCUUAUUUUA